UGGGAAAGGGGUAUUACUGCAUCGCCGAAACGGGCUGUUAUAACUUACUGUGUCGUUUUACGACCUCAUGAUGCAACACACAUCUCUACACGACACAUCAUGGUUUUCGGAUCUCGCACAACGCUUAGCAUUGGAAGCUGACAUCCAACCUUUCAAUCCCGGCCAAAUGACGCACGCUAUUGUGAGUCGCCCUCAUGUCUUGUUUGACUCCCGCUGAGAUAUCUCGGAUCAGAGUGAAGGGCAGAUGGAAGUCUUAUACGAGGUCUACUCCUUGAAAUCAGCUGAGGUGGACCAUUUUGUUCAGCGAGUUGGACAACAACUGCGCAUUUUAACCAACUUGAAGCAUGACAAUAUCUUGGAGUUUCUGGGAUGGAUAUCACCGGAAGAUGAAGGUCCGCUUCGUGUGAUCGCCGUCUCAUCGAAAUGCGAGGGUGGCGAGAUCAUGACUUUUCUCCGGGCACUCGACCUGAAGGAUGAAAAUCGGCGACAAUUGGUUUUGGGUGUUUCUCAGGGCCUGGCCUACCUUCAUUCUGAGGACGUAGUUCAUGGUAACCUUAAUCCUGGGAAAAUUUUCGUUGAUUGGAAUUCUGGGCAUCCUGUCGCUAAGAUCGGCGGGUUUGACCUGUGCUAUCUUUUGAGCGAAACACCUAUCCAUCCCAAGCCAGAAUACAGGACAUCCAGGAUUGUACGUUACACUGCACCCGAGGUGCUAACAGGACACAAGGCCGAGUGCGAUAUGGGCGGUGAUGUUUGGUCCUUUGCAUGCAUAUCGCUGGAGGUAGUCUGAUUUCUUCUUAUCAUGCGACUUGAUGUCUGAUCCUUCCCAGAUACUUCGCGGGAAGCCGCCUUACGAGACUACUAGGGACGAUUUUCUUAUCCCACACAUAGCCAUGAAACAUGUUUCUCCAUAUGAGUGGGCGGACUCAAAUGAUUUCGAGCGAGUCCUGAUGGGUUGUCUGGAUUAUGAACCCAGUAGACGACCUCCAAUCCACGAAGUUGA